AUGGCAAACAGCCAUGCAACUGGGACCGCGGAUAUAACAAUCGCAUCCAUCCGCAGCCUCCUUUCAAAAGGCCGAAUAGAGAAAUACAAUCCAGAAAGAUUUAAACUUGUGUUAGUUGAUGAGGCACACCAUAUAGUUGCGCCGAGCUAUCGUGAAGCCCUAGCUCAUUUCAACUUGGGCGAGACAAAUGCAGACUCUCCAGCGUUAGUUGGUGUUUCUGCAACAUUUUCGCGGUUUGAUGGGCUGAAAUUGGGCGCAGCUAUCGAUUACAUUGUAUACCACAAAGAUUAUGUUGACAUGAUCGGAGAGAACUGGCUUUCCGAUGCCCUUUUUACGACGGUGAAAUCGCAUGUGGAUCUCUCACGCGUCAGUGAUGGUCCCAAUGGAGAUUUUCAAACUCAUCAGCUUUCACUUGCUGUCAACACAGAGACCGCCAAUGACAUCACCGUUUCUUCAUGGCGCUCGAAAGCCGGUGAAAGAAAAUCCACACUUGUGUUUUGCGUUGAUAUUGCCCAUGUACGUGACUUAACGGCCAAGUUUCGAGAGAUCGGAGUCGAUGCUAGGUAUAUCACAGGCCAGACUCCCAAGGAUGUCCGUGCCAAAGAACUGGAAGCUUUCAGGAAUUACGAGUUUCCAGUUCUCGUUAACUGUGGACUCUUUACUGAAGGAACCGAUAUUCCGAAUAUCGACUGUGUCUUGCUCGCAAGACCUACAAGAUCGAAGAAUCUCCUAAUUCAAAUGAUAGGGAGAGGUCUUCGGCUACAUCCAGAUAAAGCCAAUUGCCAUAUCAUUGAUAUGGUUGCUUCCUUGAAUUGUGGAGUUCUCACCACACCUACCCUCCUCGGAUUACAUCCCGAUGAAGGUUUGGACAAGAUAUCUGCUAAAGAUGCUAAAGAGAAGAGAGAGAACUUUGACAAAGAUCCAACCCAAGGCCAGGGAACGAAAAAGGGCCGUUCCCCGGAGGACGAAGACAUUGUUGUUGGUUUCACCGACUACGAUUCUGUCCACGACCUGGUACAAGAUGCCUCUGGUGAAGAUCAUAUCCGUGCUAUUAGCGAAAAUGCGUGGGUCCAAGUUAGCCCACAUCGUUACAUUCUUAGCGCUCCUGCAGGGAGGUUAACAAUCUCUAAAGAUAAUUCUGGCUUGUUUUCAGUCCACCAUGUUAUCAGCUUAAGCCCGUCAGGUAACUCAAAAAGCCCUUUCAGUCGUCCUCGCGAGGUGGUAUCCGCGGUUGAUCUUGUUCAGGCAAUUCACGCUGCUGAUACCCUUGCCUCCCGCAUAUUUAGAGGCCCAGUAUACAUUGCUUCAUGGCAGCCGUGGAGAAAGAGGCGUGCAAGCCCCGGACAGAUAGGAUACCUGAGGAAACAACUUGGGAAGGAAAUACCUGAGAAGAUUACAAAGGGUGAAGCCGCUGAUAUGAUCACUAAACUCAAGCACGGUGCAAAGGGCCAAUUCAAAGAGUUAUUGUCGUCAAAGCGACGUAGCAAACGCGAACUUGAAAGGAUGGCUAAAUGGAAAGAAAUGGCUGCUAGUGAGGAAGUGAAGAUCGGUCCACUCGCUUGA